AUGACCACUACAGAUCAGUCGACAUCGACGCGGCCCUUGACUUAUGUCAUCAUCCCUCUCCUCGCCAUCUUCGUCGUAUGCUCAACAGGCUUGUUUUUCCAUAUUCGCCGCCGCCGCCGCCGCCUCGUCACUGCCGACGGCUGGGCUCGAGGUCGUUGGGUCACACGGGAUGGGACCGUCAUGUUCAUACCGCGGCACUACAGGCGCAAUCCCUGGGGCGGUUUUCACUCUCAGGAAGGCCUAAAUGAGCUGGGAGAGGCGCCGCCUCCGUACAAGUUCAAGAUCGUCUCGGCCGAAGAAAACGAAGCCGCAGCUGGACGGCCGACGGAACUGAGAGACUUGGAGGAGGGGAGGAGGCCGCCGGAGUAUAUUGCGGAGCCACCGCCAGCAAUCACGACAGAAUCGAGGAGAACUGUAGCGUAA